AUGGCUAGUCAGCGGCGGCCUUGCCUAUCGCGCCUCCUCCUCCUCCUGGGAACGAGCAUUGGACACACACGCCUUGUUUCGGCGGCUUCGGGAGAUGAUAGUUCUCAGGAGCCGUUGUGGUCGUUCGUAGACCCUUUGAUCGGUACUGUCGGCCCACGCCCUGGUUCCGCGAUAGCAGGUGGAAACUCGUUUCCGGGUGCGAGUCUACCAUGGGCAAUAGCAAAGCCUGGAAUCGACACGAGCUACAUCGGACUUCCAAAUGGUAGUGCAGUGGACGCCAAUGCUGGAUACACACCUUUGGGCAACGUGACGGCUGUGAGCAUGACCCAUGUCAGCGGAUCUGGAGGAGCACCAACGUACGGGUUGGUAUCGCAGAUGCCUAUCCUUGGCAAUCUAGCCUCCGUGAACCUCGCCGACAAUAUGACCUAUGCUCAAAAUCGUAGUCUUGAUUUCGAAUCAGCAACUGUAGGUCUAUUCACUACGACUCUGCAAAAUGGUGUCAAGAUCGAGAUCACUUCAGGGAACCACACAGGAUUCAUACGAUACACGUUUCCUUGGCUGGAAGCUUCUUCGAACCGUUCAUCCGCCUCGAGUGGUGAUACAAUGAUGGCAGUGGCUAGUGCAACGAACGAAUACGAUGCGCACGUACUUGUAGACCUCACGCACGUACUACCAGCCUACUCUUCGAUGGCCUACUCCCAAAAGUUCUUGCGUGGGGAGCUGCAUGUCCCAUCUUCUUCCGACGCAUUGCCGUCAUACCAUGGGUCUGCAUCCUACACGGGCGGCUGGCCACAGCCUGAUUCUCACAGGAUCCAUUUUUGCGGAAACUUCAGUGUCCCUGCAAACUCCAUGUUAACCCCAACGUCGGACUAUGUACAGGGAGAGCACUCGAGUAUUGCCUCUGGUGCUGGUACAUUCAGUUGGCAAUACAACCCUUUCUCGCCACCGACGAUUCGGCCAGUGCCCAGGGGAUAUCCUGAUGUGCGAUCCUACGCUGGGAGCGGAAUGGGCAUUGGUGCUUUGUUUAGCUGGUCACCAACAGAGACGCAAGUUAACGGUACCCUUACCCUUGAAGCCAAACUGGGCAUCUCGUACAUUAGUGCUAGACAGGCGUGCUCCCACGUGGAAAACGAGCUUCCUGAUGCAAAGUCUUUCGAGGACGUGGUAGAGCAAGCGAGGCAAGAGUGGGAAGCUAAAGUGCUAAGCAAGAUACGAAUCGGAAACGAUGGCGAUGCGACAAGCAACAAUGCGACAUUGAAGCGGAUGCUGUAUUCAGCCAUGUAUCAGACAGGCCUGAUGCCAACCGACAAAACGGGUGAGAACCCUGUGUGGGAGUCAAAUGAGUCAAAACCAUACUACGACGAUCACUACACACUGUGGGAUACGUACCGGACCUUAUUACCCCUGUACCACCUGAUCUUCACAAAACCAUACUCCCGUAUUCUAUCUGGGCUUAUCUCAAUAUUCACCGAAGAGGGCUACCUACCCGCUGGCCGUGCAGCGAACUGGAAUGGCCGGGUUCAAGGUGGCACGCACGCAGACAUCGUCUUAGCAGAUGCUUUCGUAAAAAGCAUUUGCGCAUUGAAUGGCGAGACAGGCCGCGGCGAGCUCGACAGUACAAUUGAUUGGCAGGAAGCUUACAGAGCAGUAAUGAAAGACGCAAGUGUAAUGCCUGAGCGCAACGUCGAUCCGGUGGCAUUCGACGGGGCCACCAAGGAAGGAAGAGGAGCAUUGGAUGACUACCUCUCCCUCAACUUCAUCACGCGUAAUCACACCCGCAGCAUCUCUCGAGGCGUCGAGUACCCGCAGAACGAUUUCGCGAUUUACAGUAUGGCGCAAGGACUUGACAAGCCUCAAGAAACGGUUGAUCGGAUGCGUGAGCGAGCGAGCUGGUGGCAGAACCAAUGGAAUCCAACGGCGACCACCACCCUUGAUGGCAUCGGCACAUUCACAGGCUUUCCAGGCGCAAGGAAUGCGGACGGCACGUGGAACCUCACUGCAUAUGACCCGUUAAGUUGCGGAACUUGUGGAUGGGACGCCGACAUAUACGAGGCCAAGGUUUGGGAGACUGCAUUCAGUGUCGCCCCGCACGACAUGGCCAAAGUCAUCGAUCUCAUGGGCGGCGAUGAGGCUCUCGUUCGUCGGCUGGAUGCUAGUUUUGUCCCUGGUUUCGGCACAUCGGUUGGCGCGAACAACGAUGCUGGCUCCGCCCUCUUCAAUCCCGGCAACGAACCGUCAUUCGCAACGCCGUUCCUCUACAACUAUGUCCCUGGGAUGCAUUGGAAAACAGUCAAUCAGACACGAGCCACGGUUGACGCCUUCUACAGCGACGCGCGCAAUGGGUACCCCGGAAACAUCGACGGCGGCGCGCUACCCAGCUGGUUAAUCUUCAAUCUUGUAGGGAUGUACCCCGUGCCUGGCCAACCGAUCUAUCUCCUCUCUGCCCCUCGCUUCUCAUCACUGAAUAUCUCACUCUUCAGCGGAACGUCAGUAGAGACUUUCUUGACCGUGUUGACUCGCGAUAUGUCGAGCACGAGCUACUACCCGCAAAAGGUCACUUGGAACGGAAAAGGGCUCGACCGAGCUUGGCUGAAGCAUGAAGAAAUUGCUCAGGGAGGCGAGCUUGUAUUCUAUAUGGGUGAUAAGCCUGUGAGAUGGGACGUUGGCGAACGUCCUUGGUCUCUGUCGGCAUGGCCAUAA